AUGGCCUACAGCGGCGGCGCGACGAAGCACCACGACCUCCACGGCUUCCUGCGGAGUCCGACGCCGGCGACCGACGAGGCGGCGCUCGUCGUGCUCAACAGCGCGUCCUUCGGCGCCGGGCUGCUCGAGAAGCUCUGGGCCGCGUCGACCUACCGCGUCUGCGCCGACGGCGGCGCGAACCGACUCUUCGACCUGCUCGGGCCGUCCUUCGUGCCCGACGCGAUCGUCGGCGACCUCGACAGCGCGCGCGGCGACGUGCUCGAGGCGUACGCGGCCGGCGGCGCGGCCGUCGCGCGCGUCGAGGACCAGGACGCCAACGACCUGUCCAAGGCCCUCGACGCCGUGGCCGAGCGCUGGCGCGGCGGCCGCCGCGGCGCCGCGGUCGUCCGCGUCGUCGGCGCGUUCGGCGGGCGCUUCGACCAGGAGAUGGCCGCCUUCGACGCGCUCCACAAGUUCGCCGCGCGGGACCGCGACGCGUCCAUGGCGCUCUACUCCGACGAGAACGCGGCGACGCUGCUCGCGCCGGGCCCGAGCCACGAGAUUGUGGUCCGCCACGACGCCGAGGGCCCGCACUGCGGCCUCGUCCCCCUCGGCGCGCCCUGCGAGUGGGUCACGACGGCGGGCCUCCAGUGGAACCUCGACGGCGGCGCCCUCGCCUUCGGCGACCUCGUCUCCACGUCGAACCUCGUCCCGCGCGACGGCGGCCGCGGCGAGAGCGUCGUCUCCGUCGCCUGCGCCGCGCCCCUCGUCUGGACCAUCGCGCGGCGCGGAGACUCAUAA